UGUUGACCUUUAACUUGGCGCAUCAGGUCACUCACUGUCACAGUGCAAUAUUCAAACGACUCAGUUUGCGGUUCUUGAACCAAGUUUGAACAUGAUCGUUCGCCAUUCCAUCGACCUUGUAGAGGUCCCUCUACCGAAUCCGAAUCUCCGAGGCAAGCAGCUUGUCGCCACCGAGGAUGGGAUGAACUACACCGCCUACGAUGUCUUUCUCCAGCCGGGCGAGACGGUGUGUCUGACAUCGCCCCCCUCCCCCCUCCUGAACCAUGUGUAUUACUGCGUGUCGGGUAGUGGGACAGGCACGGCGUCUAACGGGCGAGUGUACGAGUUCGCUCCUGACGUUGUCGUGGCGUUUUCAUCCGGUAUAACCUGUACGGUUAAAGUCACAUCUGGAGAAAAGCUCCGCCUCUUCUGCAUCUUCUGUGAUGACGUCGAACCGUCGGUUGAUCGGGCCGUGGCUCGGUCUCUCUCGGAGAUCGUCGGCACCGAUCGGGACAUCGACUGGGGCCGAGGGCACAUACGAAGAUUCCUGAGGAAGUCGGACGGUUUUCCGAUCAGCGUUCACAACGCCAAUGGAGAGGCUUCAUCAGCUGAUACAAAAUAUGGGAUAUGUUAUAAACAUCAUGUUGAAUCAGUAUACUUUCUUAAAGGCAGAGCCACCUACACGUGGGAAGAGGGGGCGAAGGAGGCGGAGACUCGUGUAGAUGCUGCGAACGGAACCAUCUAUAACAUGAACGCGCACGAUCCUCACCACGUGACCGCGCAUGAGAACUUCGAGGCCCUGUGCGUGUUCCACCCGGUCUUGGUUGGGAACGAGAACCACGAUUUCAGCCAGGGGUACUCUGGGUACAAGCCUUCUGAGUGAUUUUUUUCUUCA